UCUUUCGUUCAUGGCGUUGUUAGUGCGCCGACUUGAGUCGUGUUGCGGUCGGUUGCUGAUAAAGAUGCAUUUGAAUGUCCUGCGAUGCGCUUAAUUUGAACCCUCCAGCCGCGAAAUGCUGGACAGAUAUAAAGGCGAUUGAUGCGGAUUUGUUUGAAUGAGGAGUGGUGAACCCAUUUGUAGUUCCUUCUAUCGUUACCAAAUUCUCUUCCUUUUCCGUUUUUUCUAAGUUUUCUAGCCGUGAAAAUGGAGGAAUGCGGGAAAUUUUAUGUUUGUCGAGCUGACCAUUCUGAGAAUUAGAUCAAAGCCGUGGGUUUCAGGACUUAAAGGGAGAUGAUGCUGUAGCUGGUUGUCCUUGCUGGUUGGAAGCAGUGCUCCAAGUAUUUGUUGGGGCAGUUGCUGGGGCUUUGGAAAAAGACAUAUGCUUUUCAUUUGCUUUCUUGUUGUUUCCUAGUUUGUUAACUAUGACAAUUAGGGAGUACUCCUGGGAUGCUGUCUGAUUGUUUGUGAAGAAUUCAUGCAUGCCGAUGGGCUCGUUUAAAUUCAUUUGCAUAUAUAGAGUAGUGUAUACCGUUAAACCCUUUUUCGUUUUUUGUGUAGUUACUCCAGUAGUCAGAGUUUAACUUUGCACAGCGUAGCAGUCUUAGGCAGUGCUUAGUUAGUAUGAGUUGGUGAGAUGCCGCAACUUGCCGUCUCACUUUUUAGUUCCGCACGAUUGGCUGAGAACCUCCUUUAAACAUGCAAUGCAUGAUGUUUGUUUCCUUUAUUUGCCGUUUUUGUUGUGUUAAGAUAGGAAAUUUGAUCACAAUGUCUCUGUUGACAAUGAUAACUAGUUGAAAUGCAGUUUUUCGACAGCCAGUUUCUGCAAUGAAUUUAGUAAAGUUACAAAAAAGUAAGAGCGAGACGAUAGGAUCCACGAAAUCUUCAUUGAUUUUGAGAAUGAUCGAUGUAUUGUUUUUCUGUGUCUGGAUGGCUCUUGUAAUAGCGUUUGCCAAAUUUACUGUUUCCGGCAGACUUGGAUAUCUAAAAAGCAGGAAUUUGAACUUGCUGUCCUUGCAUAUGCCAUCCUUCAUAUCAGCUUAAAUGUGUAUAACUCUUAAUGAAUGAUAGUGUACAACUCCCGCUCAAUGCAUAAAUUACAUCAUACACAUAGGUAUGUAUAAAAACCAGCUGCAAGAAUUGGCUCAGAGAAGCUGCUUCAACUUGCCAUCUUAUUCUUGCAUCCGGGAGGGACCUGAUCAUGCCCCUCGAUUUAAAGCUACAGUCAACUUCAAUGGAGAGACUUUUGAAAGUCCUACUUUCUGCUCUACGCUAAGGCAAGCAGAACAUUCAGCAGCUGAGGUAGCUCUAACCGCACUUGCUACAAAGGGUCCAUCUAGAGCAUUGGCUGCAAAAGUUUUGGAUGAAACUGGAGUUUACAAGAAUUUGCUUCAGGAGACAGCUCACAGAGCUGGUUUGAACCUGCCUGCUUAUUCUACUAUUCGAUCUGGACCAGGCCAUGUUCCUAGUUUCUCUUGUACAGUUGAGCUAGCUGGAAAGAGCUUUACUGGGCAACCAGCUAGAACAAAGAAACAAGCUCAGAAAAAUGCUGCCAUGGCUGCUUGGUCUGCCUUGAGAAAAAUGUCUCGGGAGUCAAUGUCUUCCUGUUCUUCGUCUGCUCCGCUGGAUUCUAAAGCUAGUGAAGAACAGGAACAGGUUAUCGUUGCUCGUUUCCUGUCGAGUUUACCACCAUCAGAGUCAGAGUCGAAAGAAGUGCAAAAAAGACAAAUAAGAUCAGUCAAAUCCAAUGUACGCAGCCCAUAUUCAAGAAGCUUCUGUCCUUUGCAGUAUCAAAAUUGGGCAUACUCAAGUUUUCCGCAUCAGAUGGUAAUGUGUCAUAUGUGGGAGCAAGAGAAGCUUUUUCAACAGCAGCUUCACUUAGUGAGGCUUCCCAUUCCUUCUACUAUAUCAUCGCCUCAGAUUCUUCCCAACGUGCAAUCUGUGAUUAACCCAGACAGCUGCCAGCAUUUUCCAGCGAGGCAGUUUUGUUCUCCUGUCUUGGGGCCCAGAAUUGCAAUUGCCACAUCGGUCCCAUCAUUUUGUUUCUCAAACCAAGUGAUUCCUGAUUCAAUGAGUAGCAGACCCAGAUUGACCAUUCAAGAGAUUCAGGAGGAGCAAGUCGAAGAAUCAUCGGGCUUUCCGACAACUGUAACUUCAGAUUCACUUGUUCUUAGAAGCAGCGGAAGUGAGUUAAGAAUAUCGGGGCAGGAUCAUUGGAAUGUCAUAGAGAAAGCUCGGUUGCAAACUAAGGAUACAUUUAAUUCUUCUCCCCUACAUCACGGACGUCAGUAUCCUCCAAGAGCAAGUUUAGUUAGAUGCUUGAGUCCACCUUCUGCAGUGGAAUCCACAAUGAAUCGAUCAAGUGGCAGUGUACCUGUAGUACAUUACAGACCGCAAAAUUUGGCUCCCCAUAAGCAUGCUCCUCCAAGAAUGAGAACGGGAGCUAAUUCAUAUUCGGCUAGGCCAAAACCCACAGGACGCAAUGUUGAAGCAUUGCGUCCUCGUUUCUUGGCACCCCCUGUUCGAAUCCGUUCUGUUGUACCAGUGUGUUCAGCUUCACCAUCAGGAAGAACGCCGAUUUCCAGGCCAGACGAUGGGUCAAAUGUCUCCGGAAAUCGAACGGCAGAGCCGGAAGAGGUGGUGAGUUUGGAGCUAGGCAGACUCCAAUUAUGAGAAGGAAACAGAUUCUAAAGCGAACAUAUAAAUUCUUCCUUCUAAUAGCUUUUCUCUUAGGAGCAUUCAUGCUUCUUGUAAGUUGUUAAAAUAAAUCUUGUAAUGUUGUCUCCUCUAUGGGAACGCAAAAAUCUUAUGACUGCAAAGUCCGAGGAAAUUAUCCCUCUUUUCUCCCA